AAAAAAAAAAAAAAAAAUGAAGCUAUCAUUUGCUACCCUUUCUCCUUCACUUGCCUGCACUUCUAUGCAUUACCGUACAAUCUUACCUUUGUUAUGGUCUACGCCAAAAAUCAAUCAGAGCCGAUUUAAGUUAUUUGCAUCCGCUUCCAACAUGUUCCAUGGCAACAUGCUCCAUGGGAAAAAAAGACGAUCCGCAAAUUAUCAUCCUACUAUUUGGAAUUUUCAAAUUAUCGAUUCUUUAUCAACUCCUUAUACUUAUGAAUUACAUGCCACCCAAUUGGAAGAGUUGAAGCAUCAAGUAAGAACCUUAUUACUUGACUCCACUAAAGAACCUUAUGUCCAGUUGAAGCUAAUAGACUCAAUACAGAGACUAGGAGUUGCUUACCAUUUUCAAGUUGAGAUUAAAGAGACUUUGAUGGAUCUUUCUAGACUUGAUCUAUCUGUUUCUGGGGAUCUUAACACAAUUGCUUUGCACUUUCGGCUUUUACGCGAACAUGGCUUUCCAGUUAGUUCAGGAGCUUUUGAUAAAUUCUGUUAUGAAGAUGGGAAAUUCAUGGACAAUUUAAAGGAGGAUGCGAAAGGGCUAUUGAGCUUGUAUGAUGCUUCACAUCUUGGAAUGCUUGGUGAAGAUGCUUUAGAAGAAGCCAACCACUUUAGCACUAAAAAUCUAAAGUUAUUACUGGGGAAACUACAAGACAACUAUAUGGCUGAGCAAGUUCAACAAGCACUGGAUGUUCCUCUCCAUUGGAGGAUGUUAAGGUUAGAGGCCAGAAAUUUUAUCAAUGUCUAUGAGAAAGAUGAUACAAGAAAUUUGUUUUUGCUAAGACUAGCUAAGUUGGAUUAUAAUUUGGUCCAAUCUGUGUAUCAAGGAGAGCUAAAGGAGCUGGCAAGGUGGUGGAAAGACUUGGGAUUUGGAGAAAAGCUAGAUUUUGCAAGAGAUAGAUUGAUGGAGAAUUAUUUAUGGGCAAUGGGAAUGAUCUUUGAGCCACAUUUCUCCAAAUCUAGAAUUUCUCUCACUAAAUUAGUCUGCAUUUUAACUGCAGUUGAUGAUAUGUAUGAUAUAUAUGGAUCGUUGGAUGAGCUCCAGAUAUUUACAAAUGCAAUUAAUAGAUGGGACAUUGGGGCCAUUGAGGAACUUCCAGAAUACAUGAAGAUAUGCUAUUUUGCAAUUUAUAAUUUUGCAAAUGAAUUAGCUUAUGGUGUAAUGAAGGAUUCAGGAUCCAAUAUUCUACCCUACCUCAAGAAAGAGUGGACAAAUCUUUGUAAAUCAUAUUUAGUAGAAGCAAGGUGGUUUUGCAGCAACUACACUCCAUCGUUGGAUGAAUACCUUGAAAAUGCAUGGAUCUCUAUCGGUGGCCUUGCUGCAAUUGUUCACUCUUAUAUGUUAUUAAGCUCAAAAGAUUCAAUGGAUUGUUUGAAUCAUGUUUCAGAGCUUAUUUACCGGUCAUCCUUAAUCACUCGACUUACAAAUGAUUUAGGAACUUCUAUAGCGGAAAGCAAGAGAGGUGAUGUAAUAAAAUCAAUCCAAUGCUAUAUGAUAAAAGAAAAUGCAAGUGAAGAAGAAGCAAAGGAGCACAUAAAGGGUUUAAUAAGGCAUUCUUGGAAGAAAUUGAAUGAAGGGAUUGACAAUAAGUGUUCUCUUAUGAACUUGUUAUGUCUUAACAUGGCAAGAACUUCUCAAUGCAUCUUUCAAUAUGGAGAUGGCAUUGGAACAUCAAUUGGGAUUACUAGAGACCGUUUAACCUCAUUGAUUAUUCAACCCAUUUCAAUAUGUUGACUAUUUUUAAUUAUUUUUAUUUUGAUGUUUGAGUAGAAAAUAUUUAAAUUGAGUGUCUAAAAUAAUAAUAAAAAAAGUUAUAUGGAAGUGACUCUCUUGGUUAUGUUUUAUUGAAUUCAUUUGAAAAUAAUUUUUUAUUCAA